CCUUUCAAUCGUACGCAAGCCGCUCGUGUUAUACCCCCUUCCCUCCGCCAUCACUCUUCUUCCUCGGGCGUAAUCGCGAAAACAUAUCGGAGAAACCCUGAAUCCUCAAUCCGAUCCAUCGGAUCACAUUGCAGAGGAGAAGUAGACAAUGUCAGGAUCAGCCAUGGUGGGAGAUGCAAGCUCAUGGUCACGCGCGUUGGUGAAGAUCUCUCCUUACACAUUCUCUGCCGUUGGCAUCGCCAUCGCUAUCGGCGUCUCAGUCCUCGGCGCUGCCUGGGGGAUUUACAUUACUGGAAGUAGUUUGAUUGGAGCUGCAAUCAAGGCCCCUCGCAUUACUUCUAAAAAUCUCAUCAGUGUAAUCUUUUGUGAAGCUGUUGCUAUAUAUGGUGUUAUUGUGGCAAUUAUUCUACAAACAAAACUGGAGAGUGUUCCUACUGCACAGAUAUAUGCACCAGAGUCCCUUAGAGCUGGAUAUGCAAUAUUUGCCUCUGGGAUCAUUGUGGGCUUUGCUAACCUUGUCUGCGGAUUGUGCGUAGGAGUAAUUGGAAGCAGUUGUGCGCUGUCUGAUGCUCAAAACUCCUCACUCUUUGUGAAAAUUCUUGUGAUUGAGAUCUUUGGUAGUGCACUUGGGUUGUUUGGAGUGAUUGUUGGAAUAAUUAUGUCAGCUCAAGCAACAUGGCCUGCAAAAGCAGUGUAAUUGUUGUUCUUCCAGAUCAUGAAAAAUCAGUUGCAGCGAAGUGCAAAAUAUUUAUGUUAUGCCAAGCAGACUGCGUAUUUUAUUCUUUUAAUAUUUCUUGGUAGGCAUGUAAAAACUGAUGUGGGAAGAGAUGCUGUCGCCUUUUUCUUAUAAUUCUAUUCUUAGACUGCAUUUGCCCAGCUGAAAAAUAAGAUCUUGGGCAAAGAAGUAGUGAAUUUUGAACAUAUGGGUGUUUUAAUCUCCGGAGGGUAGUUGUUGUGGUCGCUUGCAUGAGAUGCAGGGAUGAAUAGAUGCCCUCAUGAUUGUUGAUUUUGGCCUUGUAGAGUUGAAAGCUUUAAAAGGAUAUGUUUAACUUACCAGUUAUCAGUAAUAAAGGGCAUCAUUUUUAAAGCCUAAAAA